GUCAGAGUUCAUGAAUCAGAAUUUGUGGCUGUACUGUAUCUCAGAAACUUGCUGAUAGUAUGAGUAUUUGUAUUAUUAUUUUUUUCCUCCUGCUUCCAAUAAUCAAUCUUCCAAGUUCCAAGUCAAACCUCUGAAAACAAAUCUUCCUUCAGAUUUUUUGGAUCUUGUGUGUUGGAUCUUCAAUCAUGGUUCUAAAUGAAGUGUUGUAUUUAAAAAAAGGAGUUCCUGAUGCAUCUCUCAUGUGAUUUUCACCCUUUUUUUUUCUUCUGAUUUUUUGGGAAGACGGAUGAGAGCACAUGAUAGCUUUAGACAUUAAGUACCAUUGUCUAAAUCUAUUUCAUUCUAUGAACUAUGUACAAAUUUUUACAUCUUAUCUUUACUUAGUUAAGGCUUCAUUUUGCAUCCAAAAUUCAUUUGGUUGUGUCCCUUAGUCCCUGCCUUAUGUAACUUUCAGUCUUGUGCACCUCACUUCAAAUGCUUUCUUGCUUCUAUGAACUUACAUGCCCUUGAUUGUGCUUCUCUUUAGGUCUCAUCAUCCCCACCAGUAAUGUCUUUCUCCUGAUAGUAUUAGACUAGCAGAAUAGUUUCUUCUUUCCCUUUCUUGAAGAUGGACAGGGAAGACACAUCUGGCUUUGUGAGUGGCGGAUGUUUAUUAUCUCUUGUCAUGUGCUAAGUGGUAGUUUUUGGGAGCUCUCUAUCUACUACACCCUUUUCAUCAAUAUGAGUGACAACUCUCUUACCCUCAACUCCCUGGGAGACUCUCAAAGCCAUUUUUGCUCUGAUGUCUCUAACUGCACUGAUGAUAGCUGCCGCUUGGUCCUUGGAUUAGGUCCAACAUCAGCUUCAUACUGUUAUGGUACUCAAGAACUCGCAUCACGAGGUGGUUCACUUCUGCAACUUGGUCCUCCAGACACUCUCAGCGGACUUGAUCCCUCAUCGUCUACAUAUACUAGCAGACAAUGUGUGGUUCCUCCUGUUGAUGAAGGUUCCUCUUCUGCAAAGAGAUCAGGUGGUUACAUGCCAUCACUUCUGUUGGAUCAUUCACAAGUGAGUCUAGAGUCAUCCUUCUCUGUACAACAGAGGAGUUACAACCCCAAGAAGUGCAAUUUCUUGGGAUGUAUGAAGGGAGCUAGAGGAUCUUCAGGGCUCUGCAUCAGCCAUGGAGGAGGAGGAGAGAGAUGCCAAAAGCCAGGCUGCAACAAAGGCACAGAGAGUAGUAAAACCACUUUCUGCAAAACACACGGUGGAGGGAAGAGAUGUGAACACUUGGGAUGCACGAAGAGCGCCGAAAGAAAAACAGAUUACUGCAUAUCUCACGGUGGUGGAAGACGCUGCGGGUUCAUCAAGGGGUGUGACAAAGCAGCACGUGGCAAAUCAGGUCUCUGCAUAAAACACGGUGGUGGCAAGAGAUGUGUUAUAGAAAGCUGUGCGCGAAGUGCUGAAGGACAAGCUGGUCUUUGUAUAUCUCACGGCGGUGGGAGACGCUGUCAGUUUUCUUCAGGUUGUGAUAAAGGAGCUCAAGGGAUUACUAACUAUUGCAAAGCACAUGGAGGUGGGAAACGCUGUAUAUUCUCAGGGUGUGGUAAAGGAGCAGAAGGGAGUACUCCUCUGUGUAAGGCGCACGGUGGUGGGAAGCGUUGUCUCUCUGAAGGAGGUGGGAUUUGCUCGAAGAGUGUGCAUGGUGGGACUAACUUCUGCGUUGCUCAUGGUGGUGGGAAGAGAUGUGUUGUGGAAGGGUGUACUAAGAGUGCUCGUGGUCGCACUGAUUGUUGUGUUAAGCACGGUGGUGGGAAACGGUGUAGGGUUGGUGAGUGUGGGAAGAGUGCUCAAGGGAGUGGUGAGUUGUGCAAAGCUCAUGGUGGUGGGAAGAGGUGUUGUUGGGGAGGUGGGGAGUGUGAGAAGUUUGCUAGAGGGAAGAGUGGUUUGUGUGCUAAGCAUAAUAGUGUUAAGGAGAAAGGAGAAGAUGGUGGAAGCAAGAGUGGUUUGAUUGGACCGGGGCUGUUCAGUGGUCUUGUUGUUGGCUCUAGUUCUGAUCAUUCUCAGUGUGAAGUUAGCGCCAUAGAGUUGGAGAAAAGGCAGAAGAUGAUGAUACCUAUGCAGGUUCUUGUACCUUCAUCAAUGAGGUCUCUAAGUGAUUCACAUGAAGGAGAUGCAAACGUGAUUGAUUUUAUGAUUCCGGAGGAGAGAGUUCAUGGUGGUGGGAUGAUGAUGUCUUUACUUGGUGGUAGUUUGAAACAAUCUUCCACUGAUGGAAACUGAGAGCAUUCUCUUUGUUAAGUUUUACCUGUUCCCAGCAGAAACCUCUGUAAAGCUGUAAAUGUGUGUUUGUAACUUGUAAGUGGUUAUGUUUGGGCCUUCGGUGGGCUUCUUUAUAACUUACCAAUACAAUUGUUCAACACAAAUCUACUAUUUAUAGCUUCAUUUGAAAUUUACAAACUUCUGUAAA